CUUUUAAUUAUCCAAUUCUUGUCUACUGUACGAUACCUCUUUUUGUCCAACUUCAUUUCCCAUACUACUCAUAAUGUCUGCUGCGGACGUGCGUUUUAAGCUCAACACUGGUGCGGAGAUCCCGGCGCUGGGACUUGGAACAUGGCAAUCCAAGGCCGGUGAGGUCGAGAGGGCUGUGAGCCAUGCUAUCUCUGUGGGAUACCGUCACAUCGACGGUGCCUUUUGCUACCAGAACGAACAGGAGGUCGGCGCUGGAAUCAAAGAGGCACUGGCGUCUGGCAAAGUCAAGCGCGAGGACCUUUUUGUGACCACAAAGCUCUGGUGCUCCUACCACACUCGGGUCGAAGAGGCUGUGGAUCUCAGUCUUAAGAACCUGGGAUUGGACUACGUCGACCUCUACCUGAUGCACUGGCCCUUGGCCAUGAACGCAAAUGGCAACCACCCUCUUUUCCCUAAGCUCGCCGAUGGCUCCCGAGACAUUGACCACUCCCGCUCUCACAUCGACACCUGGAAAGACAUGGAGAAGCUCCCUGCAACCGGCAAGGUCAGGGCAAUUGGUGUCUCCAACUACAGUGUCAAGUACUUUGAGGAGCUUCUGCCUCAUGUCACCGUGGUGCCAGCCGUCAACCAGAUCGAGAACCACCCAUCCCUCCCACAACAGGAGAUUGUCGACUUCUGCAAGGAGAAGGGCAUUCACAUCACUGCCUACAGCCCUCUGGGUAGCACCGGAAGCCCACUUUUCACCGCAGAGCCCAUUGUCGAGGUUGCAAAGAAGAGAGGUGUGAGCCCGGCAUCAGUUCUGUUGAGCUGGCACAUUGCCCGUGGCUCAUCCGUCCUCGGCAAGUCUGUGACACCCUCUCGUAUCGAAGAUAACCGCAACAGCCUGAUCAAGCUCGACGAAUCGGACAUGGCUACUAUCGCAAAGUACACCGAUGGCCUUGCUGCUACCAAUAGCUUCCAGCGAUUCGUUUACCCGCCAUUCGGUGUAAACUUUGGAUUCCCCGACAAGCAAUAAGCUGGAUACCACACCUCUAUGUGUUUGAUUAGCUGCUUUUUGAUAUGAUCAUUGUUCAGGAACCCUUACGGGUCAUCUUUUUCUUCAGAUAGACAGCGUUGGACGAUGGGACAUUUACACUUGGGACUCACGAUUGGGGGGAAAACUCGAUAUUUGUAAAUGACUUGAAGAGCAAGACACGAAUAUAGAUGAUAGCUUACGAAUGGAAAAAUAUAUAUAUAUAUAUAUAUACCAGAGUGUCAAAAUAAAAUCCAUCGCAUGAAAG